UGAGUCUGAGCCUCUCCUAGUCUUAGCUCAUGUUCAUUCUUAGCCUUUGGUGUUUUGCUUUUCUCAACUAACUACAGCUUGGAACCAUACACAUCAAUCAACCCUUGCUGGGCUAGGCUUGGUACUUCUAUCAAUUUUCCUUCUCCUUUCUUCUUUUUUUCUUUUUCUUCCUACUCUAGUCGAGGGCCCGGACCGUUUCCCCAAGGAAUGUUACAGUGCUCUCUCGUCUCGUUUCCUCCUCCCUUGCAAUAAGAGGCGACCCAGAGUUUAUGUUGCUACCCAGGACUUUUGAGCAACCCACUGGUGACAUGGAAGCGAGGAACCGCGAAUGAAGUACAGGAUCAACGGCAAGGCACUUACUCACCUCCAAUUGAUACCUCAGAGUUCGUCUGUUCCUUCCGUUUCCCGCCCUGAGAUACCGGUACCUGACCAGGCACUUUAAUUGUUCAAGGCGUUAGCCCUGGAAUAUGGCAGGAAGUUCAGCGAAUACCCGCGUUGCUGGGUUCUGUUGCAGCUUCCUGCCGCCGCGUAUCUGCGACCUGCCACGAGCACGGCUACGCAAGUACCCGAUCUACGUAUACCCUGUCUCUAACCCUGCCAACUUGGAAGUGCCAACCCGAUGCUAUCUCAAAAAUCCUUGUGUAAGUGGUGUAAGGUAGCUACCCAGGUCCUAAGGUAGAGGUACUGGAAAUUGGAUGGAUGUGGAAGCCACGGAACGAAAAGCAGAUCUACCUUUAGUGAAAUUUUUCAUUAUACCUGCCUUCUCUCUCAUCGAAUCCGAGAAAACGGGGACGAAGGAAGCAUGGAAGAACGUUACACAACUUCAACAUCCUUCCAAGAGCCGCAUAUCCAAGGAGCUUCACCUUCAUCUCUAAAUUUGAACAGGGCUACCACCGAUUUCUAAACAUCUUGGAAAAGCUAUAAUAAUACCUUACUAGCCUCCUACUUAGUCUGAACGUUCUUUUGAUAUUCCUCAUCAAUCUCAAUCUCGCUCGUCAAGAACUGUUCGUCUGUGCUGCAAUUUGCAUGCCAUCCAUCGUUAUUGCCGUAUCUUUAACACCUUGCACCUCCGUCUUUUCCUCUUUCCUCGGCCGCUGCUACUCUUGAUCUCGACUCAGUCAUCAGACAACGGCCCGUUGCGUUUUGUAACUAUCAAGACACCCCCACCAAGCCACCAGCGGAACCUCUCCCUCAGGAACCAUUACCAUGGUAUCUUCCCUAGCUGGGCCCAUCAUUGGCCCGAGCCCGGCCGUUGAACUAGCUCCUGCGGCCGCCGGCUGUGUCAGUCGCGUGGCAGAUGGACCGGCUGGGGUCCCCGAAGGGUGGCCCAAGUUUCUCGACGAGCCUAUGGCUUGGGUUGGUCCUCAAUUCACGGAUGAAUCGGAAUACAUCCACACUCUGAGCGAAUCCGAUCUACAGGAAGCUGAGAAUGCUUUGCUGGUCUUUAAAGCCUUGGGGCUUGACGGGGAUUGCGUCUCCCGAGACAACUUCCCUCUUCCCACUCUGGGACCAAGACUGGAUCGUAUCCGCCGAGACGUGCACCAAGGCAAGGGCUUUGGUGUCAUUCGUGGCCUCGAUCCUCAAAAGUACUCAGUCGAGGACUUGACUGUGCUGUAUCUUGGCAUUCAGUCUUACAUUGCCAAUCGUCAUGGGCGUCAAGAUCGAAAAGGCAAUAUGCUAGUCCAUAUCGUCGCCGACAACUCAUCCAAGCUCAAGGCUGGUCACCAUCGACACUCCACCUCCCCCAUCACUUUCCACAACGAGGAAGCUGGUGAUAUAGUCAGCUGGCUCACACGUAGCACCGCUGUCUCGGGAGGCAAAUGCAUUAUCGCCUCAGCCUACACUGUCUACAAUGUUCUUGCUACUAGCCGUCCGGACAUGGUCCGCACUCUUGCUCGCUCUGACUGGCCAUUCGCCCUACCCCGUUUCCAGUGCCGACCAGUCCUCUUUCAUCAUGAGGGGAGAGUGUUGAUCAACUUUGGGCGUGUGGCACUCACAGGGAAUGCAAUUCACCCACGCCCUACCAACCUUCCCGCCGUUACGCCACGACAGAUGGAGGCAUUGGACUCCAUUGAGAACAUUGCCAAGGCAACUCAGCUGGAGAUCAGCACACAUGCAGGUGAUAUGCAUUUCAUUAACAACCUCACAAUCUUGCAUCGCCGAGAAGGCUUCGUCAACGGUGAGGCUGCCCGGGAACGUCGACACUUGGUACGCAUGAGACUCCGCGAUGACGAGCUGGGAUGGAAGCUCCCUGCAGACCUGAGUCAAGAGUGGUCCGCUGCUUUCAACAAGGAAGCACCCAAGAUCUGGCACAUUGAGCCCAUGCCAGACGGCUUCUUCCCCCUCAGGUCUCAGGCCAACUAAAACUGUGCUUCUAGCGCUUAGAGCAACCUCAGUUGUGGGGUGAACUCGCAUGCAUUCAUGCAUGCUCUCGAGACAUGAUGAGAUAAUGGGGUGCUUAUCAACUUUGGAACCGAGGCGCAUAAAAAGGGCAAUGGGGAAUCUGAGGGUAACGGGGGAGAAAUUAAAAGUUAUGAAUAAGGUCCUGCACUCGAGUUUGAGUAUGCUUUUUUAGGUUCUUUUAUUUCUUUUUUUUUUUUUUUUUGUUGGGGUGUCACGGUCGCGGAAAAGUAACAAGAAUGGUUUAUCAUGUCUCAGGCGAACCUGUCUAUCGGUGCAGUGUGGUAUCUGACUUUAUGGGCAUGGCAGGAUGGGCAUUGGUUGAAAAAGAGAAAUCAAGGAUUAAUACGUGUGUUUGAGGCUCAUACAGUAUUAGCACCUACUAGGGACAGCCGAAUACAAGGAAUCGCAUGCAUAACUUAGAUCGAGA